CACCCUGCUACAUUUCCUAACCGUGAAGUUGGUGCGCAGGCAGUGGGACUGAAGUAAGCUGGUCACGAUGCCACGGGUCCUCCAGGGCAGUACGUUUGUCCUGGCUCUUGCCUUUAUCCUGGUUUUUGAUUCUUCGGUUCAAGGUUCUCCAGUGCGGAGGGCCAGGUACCAGUGGGUACGCUGCAAUCCUGACAGUAAUUCUGCAAACUGCCUUGAUGAAAAAGGACCAAUUUUCAACCUACUUCCAAAGGAAACCAACAGAAUUCUCCCUCCUAGGACUGACUAUUCUUCAUUGUCAGGAUCCGAGAACUUGAAUGAUGUCUUCCCUUUAUCUGAGGACUAUUUUGGAUCUGGCUCUGGCUCCGGCGCUGGCUCUGGCUCAGGGUCCGGAAGUGGCUCUGGCAGUGGCUUCCUCACUGAAAUUGAACAGGAAUACCAACCAGUAGAUGAAAACAAUGCUUUUUAUUACAACUUUAGGCCUCUCAGGAGAAAUCUGCCUUCAGACAACCAGGACUUGGGCCAAGAUGGACCAGAAGAGGAUUUCAUUAUGUAAAAGAGAGGGUUUCCCAUCUUGGUGCCAGGCAAUGCAUUCAGUAUGUUUUAUGUACCAGAGUAAAAUGAUCAAUUCUGGAAUAAAAAAGUAUUAUAGAAAUUUAAAAACAUCUGAAUUAAAAGCUUAGGUUUUAUCACCUUUUUUUCUCCAUGAAUUCUUCAAGCUUCCGUCAUCUAUCCUGUUGGCCUGGGAAGUACCUGCAUCCCCUCUGUAUUAUAUUCAACCCCCAUCACUGUAAAGUUACCUAGGCUGCCUACGUCUAGAAAAUUAAAGGAUAAACUAACCUGUUUUUAAAAAAUUCAGUCUGAGAAGCAAAUUGACAGGUAAUAGUUCACACUCUUCAGGAACCUGACACUGAUUGUGAAUUAUAGAUAUGCCUCUUUUCUUAUGAAAAAUCCAGAUGAAACACUGGGUGAAUUUAUAGGGUGGGUGAUUGCCAAGUCCCCUUGAAGUAUACUGUUCCCAUGUUACCACCGGGUGUGCUGGGGGAGCUGGAGGGCGGUGUUUGCGGAGACGUAUGGCUGCUGUUACAGUUAGAAACUUAAGGUCCAAACUAAAGCACACUGUGCUCCAAUACUACGUGCUGCUUUCCUUUUUUUCCUGGAUAUCUGUGUAUUUUCAAAUGUGACUCUAUUAAAGCAGAACUAGAGUCAAUGA